CUCAGUGGAGGAAUGUUCUCUAUAAAACCAAACAUAACAUUUGACAACACAACAUAAACCAACCCAAAAUGGACUCACUGUCCCUCCUCUGGACCGCCCCGUUCCUCGCCGCCGGUCUUUACUGGUUCAUCUGCAUCCUGGGUUCUGCCGAGCAGAAGGGGAAACAUGCCACCGCCAUAUCCGGCGGCUCCAUCUCGGCGGAGAAAAUUCAAGACAAAUACAAGCAGUACUGGUCCUUCUUCCUGCGGCCCAAGGAGAUCGAAACCGCCGAGAAAGUGCCGGACUUCGUCGACACAUUCUACAAUCUCGUAACUGACAUCUACGAAUGGGGUUGGGGCCAAUCCUUCCACUUCUCUCCCUCCGUUCCUGGCAAGUCCCACGCCGAGGCCACGCGCCUCCACGAACAGAUGGCCGCGGAUCUCAUCCAGGCCCGCCCGGGCCAGCGGAUCAUCGACGUGGGCUGCGGCGUAGGAGGGCCCAUGCGGGCCAUCGCGGCCCACUCAGGCGCCAACGUGGUGGGCAUCACCAUCAACGAGUACCAGGUCCAGCGGGCGAGGUUCCACAACAAGAAAGCACGGCUGGAGUCCCUCUGCGAGGUGGUGUGCGGCAACUUCCUCCACAUGCCCUUCCCGGACGACAGCUUCGACGGUGCCUACUCCAUCGAAGCGACCUGCCACGCGCCGAAGCUGGACGAAGUUUACGCGCAAGUGUUUCGCGUUCUGAAGCCAGGGGCGCUGUACGUGUCGUACGAGUGGGUGACCACUGACAAAUUCAGAGGGUCGGAGGCGGAACACGUGGAGACCAUUGAGGGGAUCGAGAGAGGGGACGCUCUGCCUGGUCUGAGGAGCUACGCUGACAUCGCGGAGAGCGCGCGUAGGGUGGGGUUUGAGGUGGUGGAGGAGCGCGAUCUCGCUCUCCCACCCUCUCACCCCUGGUGGACCCGUUUGAAGAUGGGUCGGAUCGCCUACUGGCGGAACCACCUUCUCAUUUCUGUUCUCUCCGCCUUAGGAAUUGCCCCCAAAGGUACCCUCGACGUUCAUCAAAUGCUCUUCCAGACCGCCGACCACCUCACCCGUGGUGGUGAUACCGGAAUAUUCUCCCCCAUGCACAUGAUUCUCUGCCGAAAACCCAUCUCCACCUGAUCUAUUCAUUUCCUUUUUCUCUUUUUCCUUUCCUUUUCCUACUGUAAUUGCUUUUAAUUCCAUGGUCGACUGCUGCAUGCAUGCAAUUUGGUUUUCAAAGCUAAUUUUUUGUUGGAUA